AUGACUUUGCCAAAAUUUGCUCUCGAUUACAAUGCCUGCUCGCUGGAGGAACUGCGGCGGUUCUGCGAGAAUCGAAAGCUCUUGCCUUCAAAGGAGCUUCAUGCUACCGAUGCCGAUGCCGAUCAAGUCCAUGUCGCCGCGCCGAUGACUCUUCCCGCCACAGCUUCCGAUCGGCUUGAUGAUUCCGCUCCGACUCCCGAUGAGAUGCGGACCAUUGUUCCUGGUCGGUCUCAGGAUGAGGCUCUCAGUCAGCCUGGAACUGCCGCGGCUUAUAUCAAUGCUUUGCGCUCUGCGGAUGCCAAUGCUAAUAUCAGCGUGAAAUUUUUGGAUUUGCCGGGCGAGCUGCGAAAUGGGAUCUAUGACUGUCUCCUCCUGCUACGGACAAGGCCGGCGGGUAAUGACAGCCGGGGAUAUUUUGCACUCGGACGCCAUCGUGAAGCCGCGUAUUGCUAUCCCGAGAUCCUUGCCACUUGCAAGGCCAUCCAUCGGGAGGCAACCAAAACUCUCUAUGAAAUGAACACAUUCCGACUCGAUUACAUUCCAUUCGAAUUCCCCGUCUGCCACAUAGCCACGCCGGGAGAGCUCAACAUGACCACGUUCCUGCAACUGCCCAAGUGGAUACACAUGGGUGUUCUCCAAGCGAGAUGGGCACAGCGUCUGCUUGGUUGUCGCUCAAUUCACAUUGCUCUCUUCAACGGCCACGUAUUCAACGAAGCGGACAAGAUCAUCUUUCACUCGCUCAUGUCUAUGCUCCAGACAAGUGAUAAGCUGAAGAGCGUAACGAUCUCGACCUCGUCAAUUCGUGAAUAUGCGGCUCAUGGCUAG